AAUGGAAAGAAGAAUAUAUUUCCAAACUCGUAAAUAAUGAACAAAUCUUUACUGACGUCAUAUUAUCAUUCUCUAUGAAUAUGUCUAAUAAAAAAACUUCUGGAGAGUCAAAUAUUCUAUACAAAUUUUGA